GCUCUUCUUCUGAUGAUCUCAAACAGGAACAGCAACUCUGGUCAGUCUGCCUGGUAAGUUUAAUGAUGAUAAUCUGUGUUAUGUUGCUGUUAUGUGAUUCAGAUCUGAGGUGUGAUACUUAAUUUAUGCUUAUGGUGUUGGUUUUUGGGAUUUAGAGCUGACUCCUAUCUCUGUUGAACAGAUCCUUUUAGAGAUUUAAGACUACAAAAUAUUGUGCUGGUGUCCAAAUAUCAUUCGUUGUCAUGAAAAAGUUCAGUCUUAUAAACAAGACUCAAUUCUUAACAACUGGUUUAGAUGGGUUAAAGAUGCUAAAAUUAAUGGUAGGAUAAGUUAUGCAUGAAGUUCUUCCCUGUCAAAAUGUUUUGAUUUAAUCUGAUCACACUGAUAGUAAAGCCUUGAAGGAAAUUGCUCGUAUGUUUGAAAGCUCAAAAAAUAAUCCACAGAUAUGGGAAACUGACAUCAUCUUACAAAAUAAAAGAUAAUUAGUUUAAAAAUUUUCAUUGAAAGAAAGGAUUUAUUCAGAAUGGAAAUGCAUAUAAUUAUUCUAUUUAAAAAAGUAAUACUAAUAAUGAUACACAGUCAUACAAAAGUUUCAUGGAGAUUAAAAAUACGCUCUCGUAUACCUCUGCAAAUCAGUAGUUUUCCUUUUUUUCUUCUUUUCACUGAUGCCAAACACUUGAGCACUUCUGUCAAACUCCGAAAACGCUUUAAUUUGACAUCAGUGUCUGGUAAUCAUACAUAAAGCAGACAUCUGGCUGUGGAAAAGUUCUUUGCUGAGGUUAACUCGUCAAGUCUGACUCCUAUUCCUUAGAUGGUAUUGAAGAUAAAAGCUACAGACAGAUGAAGUGUGAGAGUUUAUGGCCACCGACACGUUUCUCUCUGGAGACUGGAAGUGUGUUCGUAUGUGGAGAGCAUACUCCCCUCUCAAAUCCCCUUGAGAUAACUUUUCAUUGCAAGAGUUACACCAAGCUUAUCUUUAACAUUCUGUUUAACUGUGAAUGACCUGUUUAAGCAAUGGAAAGAUGCUUCAACCAUUUAUCUUCAAUCUAGCUUCACAGUCUGCUCAGACAAGAAAGAGUGCAAUUACAGCUGGAAUAAGUUCUUUUUUAACAACCCAAAAGUUGUGAAUAAAAAGUGUUUGUGAAUCAUAUUUGUCAAGUGAGAAUCUAUUACGGGGAGAUUGGGAUGCUUGUGUUUUAUUAGAAGCACAAACAUGUCCUAAUCUUCUGUUUUGACAGAGAGAAAGACUGCCUGCUUCCUUUUACAGAUAGGAUACUUAAAAUGCCACAGUGUAAUUGACUGUGAAAUCAGUGGAGUCAAUCGGUCUGCCAUCGUCUGCUUAAAUGUGAAGAAAAACAGCAUUUCUCAUAACAACACCAGAACAGUUGAUAAGUUAUGUUUAUUUGUUUUCAUAUCCAUCUGUUUCUAUUUAGUUAUAGAGAUGUAUGAUACAAUCACAACUUUAGCAGCCAAUCUUACAAUAAUAAGCAGCUUCUCAGUUGUACUCUGUCUCCCAGCAGGAUUAUAUAAAGGUGAUCACCCGCAAUCACAAUGUAAAUAGGUUAUUCUUGGAUUGUCACUUUGUACAGCAGCAGGUAUUUCCUAGAGUAAACCAUGCUUACUGCCCUUGGCCCUUAACUUUGCCAAGCUGGGACACUACGACUAACAGUGCCUGUGAACUUCCUUAAAAGGAGGCUGAGUACACCAUCUCAGCUGACGGGAUGCAGAACAGGGAGUGCACGGAGCUGCAUUUCCAUUGAAUAUCAGCUGAUGAGGAACUAUAACUCAGCUUUACAGUCAAAUUAUAUUAGAUUCAUGUUCGCUCUCAUUGUGAAAAUAUAGCAAGCAAGCAGCAGUUUCCUCUGUUUUGAGACACACCUGUCAGUAGAUGAUGGAUUACUCAUGUCCUGUUGCCUCUCAAAACAAAGCUGAGCUGCAGAGCAUGGGGUUGAGAGCUGAAGAGCUUGAGUGAGCGUCCUGCUGUUAACAUGGAAAAAAGGAGACAAGACCUUUUCAGACUCCUCAUUUCACCAGAUGAUAACAACUGUUUGGUACAUAAACAGAAAAUGUUUUCAUCACAGUACGUUGGGGUUUCCACACUGGGAAGAACUUGUAUCCUGGUCCUUUUCAUAUGUGACCAUGUUUGGUCAUGUGGAGUAAGCAGCUGUUGCUCCUUGAUUGAUAGCAAACGCCUCUCAGGCAACUGUUUAUGCUGUCAGGGUGUGUAAGCACUGUUUUAUCUUUUAAAAAGAAUUUCCUCUGAUUUCACAUGUAGAUUUCUCUGAAAACUACGCACACAUUUUAAAUAUUUAACUUUAAGAUUUAACUCUUGUGAGGGAAAUGACUAAACCUCAGAGUCAUCAACCUUACAGCAUGGAUUAAUAGUAAAUAAUUAAACUAAUAGCCCAUUAAUUUGACCUUUAAAAGUUUAACUAGCAGCAGUUUUGAAAGUGAAAGUGAUUUUUAAUAAAAACUUAAUAUUUUUCAGAUUUCUGGGGGUCUAUAAGAGUCAUUAAAAAGUGUGUUAACACUGAAAUAACUUUCAAAGCGAACAUGUGAAACCUCCAAAACACAACUGAGAUGUAAAACAUAAUGGAAAGGGUAGAGAUCAAUGUGGUUAUAAGAUUUGAUAUCUGGCUUAGAAAAGACAAUGUGAAUGAUGUAGCUCCUCCAGAAUAGGACUUUUCACCAAAAUGUAUAACUUUUACUUCUUUUUACCCUCUCAUUCAAAGUUUUUAGCCCGACAGUAAAUUAACAGACCUUUGAAUGACAUGUUAGAUGGCUAGUUAUUCACCAGAGACAACAUAUUUUAAAAAAGUAGCUUCUUUUGAUGUCUAAUUUGAUGUUUCUUCAGAUGCUUUCGGCAAAAAGUAGACAAGUUUGUCCCUCAUAUUUAAUCUUUUCAAUCAAACUCCAUACUGACCUUACUAAAUCAAACUCUGACUGAACAGCUUUAUCUUACAGGAGGCCUGAACUGUCUACUUGUCGAAGCCCAUAUUUAUUGUCUGGUAAGGGUUUAGGAACAGGGCUUAAACUGUAAGCAUGCCACAAUGAGGGUUUGGAGAAAAAUCGGCACAGAUAUGUGAAUGACAAAGGGAUCACAUAAGACUGUUAGAUGAACUUAAGUCCUCUUUAUGACAGGAUGACUUUAACAAGCACAUGCCCUGAAGUUUGAUAGUUUGGAGCUUUCAGCUUCGUUUAUAUUUUGGAAAGACAUUUCCAUCUAAAUUAAAAUACCAAUAUUUCCAGGUCUCCAUCCAAGAGAGAACAUGUAGUGACAUUUGGCUGCUUCAGUGUUAAAGCAGAAAUAAAUCAAAGCUGACAGCACACUUCUAACCCAAACUGAUCACCUGUCAGGUAACUGAUAGGACAGCUGUCAUGGGGAGCUCUGAUUUAGGCGUCCACCCAGUGUGCGUGUCCACCUGCAUGAACACCAACACGGGGUAGAAAGCCUUUUUUCACCCUGAGCUGUCAGUAUGCUAGGUUUUUACACCUUAGAAACGCAGAACUUCAGUGGCCGUGCUGGACUCCGGCCAGUCUAAACAACCCUAGAUCCAGACUCUGACAUGUCUGUGAGCUGUUGGCCUGCUUAAGAGAGUCUCUGUGUGCUGGUCGACUGAAUCCAUAAUGCUCCCACUCCUGCCUCAAAGUCAGACCCACCCCAGACUGUUAUUGGUCUUAUAUAAGAACAGUUGUAUAGGGGGGAAAUGAAUAACUGAGGUGAGACUGAAGACAUGAAAGCUUCACAUCUGUAAAAACUGGAAAGUAGAGCAGAUGUGAGAUUUGAUGCCUUCAUUAGAAAUGUGGUUGUCAUGGAUAGGACCACACAAAUGAAGUGGUUGAUAAUGAUGAUGAAUAAUGCAGACUGGUUUGGUCCUCAGGACACAGUGUCCAUGCUGACAUGAUGGUGAUGACUGAUGCAGAGAUCCUGAAGUACUUUCUUCACUGUUUCUUUAAGACACUUUGUGUAACAGUUCAUUAUAUUAAUGUGGAAGGCUGAGUGACAACUGCAUUAGUUUGAACCAUUUCAGAAAUUUGAAAGCUGAAUCAGCAAAUCUUUUUGGACACUUUUGUGGAAGUUGUAUAAAGUUGUUAGUGUGUCAAAGAGAAAGUCUAGCUGCUCAAUGCCAAUGGUAUGGAGGUAUGGUUGAAUCUCCUGAAAUGUAGGUUUGGCGUGUGAAACAGGGGGUUAGACUCUGGCAGUGGUGAUGAUGAAGGAGGGAUACAGGGUAAGCUGAGGAGCAGGGCCUGAAUUCUGAUGACAGUGACUGAGGUAGAGGUGGAUUGCAAUGAUAGUAUUAUGCUGCAUUCUAGUUGUACUCAGAAGUCGGGAUUUCCGAGCUCCGAGUUGGAAAUUCAUCUGGAACGCCCCCCUGAAGUCGGAUUUCCAACUCAGAAAGUCGGACGAUCCUCAUCGACCCCAACUUGACGUCCAUCUUGGUUUUCCGACUUGUUUACUGGAACGCCGUCAACUCAGAAGCAACAUCAUUCCUGGCUCCGACAUCCGACUUCCGAGAUAACUGGAACACCGCAUUAAAGCACUGACUGACAGCAGAAUAGAAGAAAACAGUUUAAAGCUCCUCUGAUGAGAUUUCGAUUUGUGUCAAUUUCAGUGCCCCCUGUGGACAAAGUUGUCUUUGCUUUGUCUUCUACAUGCUUAAGUAGUGUCAUCCUGCUGACUUCUGACCACUACAUGUAUAAUUUUUUGGGAAUAUUUAAUGAAGGAAAUGCAAAAACAGGACUCUUUGUUUAGCCGUUCCACUGACCCCCACUCUUCAUGGGUGCUUUAAAUUGAAGCUACAUGUUGUUGGUUUAGUAUUUGUUAGAGUUAAUGGCCACAAAAAGCUGAUACCAGAAGGACAAAUACAUGGAUUGACAUGAGUGAUGACUUCAGAGUGAGAGACCAUGGGCGUGGUAGUGGGCGGAAAGUGGACCUGACUACCCAGGACCCCGGGCAUGGAUAGGGGCCCACUGACAUUGAGAAUUCACAGGGCCCAGAAUUUGGUGCUAUGCCCCUGUGAGAGACAAAAUGAACGAGUCUGUUUAGAUUCACUAAUCUGGAUCAAGGUGUUGGGCUGUUCAUUUCCAGAAUUGCCACUUCAUUGUUUUCUGGACACUGACCAAUGAACGCCUCUCCAAACCUCUACAAAUACUUCUUGAAAAGUAACAUUAAUGGGUUUUAAUGAGUCACAGUUCUGUUUUCCAGGGAGGAUGUGUUUAUGAUGGCUUUGUGCAUUUCUGAGAAAGCUCUCAACUCUCUAGUUACUCAAAGAGUGUCUGUAUUGGAAAAAGACCACCUCUAAAUCACUCAGUUUAUAAGCCUCAAAGACUGUAUAUGGUGUAAAAACUAAACUGUUUCUCUGUCCCACUAUGACUUGUUGCUCAUUGUUGGUGGGCUCCUCUUCAGAUCUGAAGUUGUGGAUCUCUGAAUAAGGGGUGAUGAAUAAAGUGGGCCUCUUUAUGACCUCAUAUGAUCAAGAUAGCUGAGCUCAAUUGGUUUGGACUUGUUAGGACAUGAAAGUCAUAUAGGGAGGGGAAGAACAGCUCUUAAUAGUGUGCAGUUCAUAUCAAGAAAAAGUGAGCUCACAUCGUCAUAGUGUCGUUUGUUAAAAGACGAUUGAUGCACGCUGUCAUGCUUGAAAUGGUGUCAUUUUCUUUUGGUAUUUUUUCCAAAUGAAUGUAACUCAGUAUGUUUGUAUUCAGUAUGAAAUAACAGACAUUUUAGUCCUGACUUACAAGAGUUGUAAACAAAUACUAUUGCCUCUCUCUCUGCCUUUGGACUAAUUUUAAAUACUAACUGGGGCCAGUAUGGAAUUGUGAUCUUAAUAAAGCUUAGUUUGGCACAUUUUAUUCUCUUCUCACAAACCUAAAAGAGAAGUUUUUGUUUCAGAUAAGGCCAUGAAUCAAUCAAAAAGAGAUAUAUGGAAAGAGUCAAGGGAAACAAGACACAACAAACAACACAGAGGGAUAAAACAGGACAAACCUAGACUAACCACUUGGGAAAAUAUGGAGUCAGAGAUCAGGGAGGGAAAGUGAGAUGGAGGGAGAGGGCAAGAGUCAGGUUAAGGAGGAGGAGGAGGAGGGAGGCUGUAGGAGAAACUGAGGGGCGCUCAGAGGCAGGCUUUGCCUUUUCUGGUAGUUAAAGUGGCUGAGAGAACAAGCAGGAAUUCUUAGUGCUGCAGAAGGGCCGAGAUAUAAACCAGACUGUAGAAGUUGAUGUAUGAAGAGAGGGGAGACGCUGCUGUUCAUGGACCUAACUUCAGCCACUGCAGAGGUAUUAUAAACCAAAAGGAGCUAUGAUGUUCUUUAUGUUUCUCUCUGUCGUGAGGAUGUGCUGUGUAGUCUGCACUUAUUGGCACUUUAUUGAGUACAUUUUUAUUAGACUAAGCCUUGUAUUCGAAGGGAAGCUUCUAAAUUACCUUGAUGAUGGACUGAAAUUCACCUCACCAUUAUUUAGUAAAACGGUGUUUUCAGACAUGCCAUGUGCUGCAGUAUUUGCAGUAUGUCCAAGCAUAUAAUUAAUGUUGAUCAAGUAGAUGCAAACUAGCUGAGAGAUCAUAUCUAAAAAUUAUCUGAAAUUUUGACGAUAAUCUGGAAUAAUCUGGAAUCAUGACUGCGUGUUUCAGUGAAAAAGAGAGGAAAAUCUUUUGGGCAUCAUGGACGAUGACUUUGAUCGCCGCAUGGAGCUGAGGAGGCAGAGGAGGGAGCAAAUGCGCCUUGAAGCUGACAGGUAGGCAACAUAAACAUGCACAAACAUGCAUAUAUAUAUAUACAUGGAGAUCUGUGAGCAAAUGCAUGCUGAACUUGGUUUGAAAAUGUAAAUAAAUGGUGUAUAUUGUACCAAUGCUAAUAGAUGUCCUACAUCACGUCAUCUUCAGUGAUGUUUCACUUUGUCCACCACUGGUCCUGUGCAGAGCAGAAGAGAGCAGAGUGGAUUUAGACUGUGAUGAUAAUGGUUUAAUCAUCUGUGCCGCCCUCUUUGCUCACCAGAGAGUCAAUCUACUGUGCUUCUGUUUGGGUUUGUCUCCUAAUGCUGUCACCUCCUUCUGUCUCUCUCUGCACUUGAAUAAAUACAAAAAAUACCACUUAAAGUUAAUGUUGACAUCAGCUUUUGAAUUACAACACCUGCUUAUGAGUGCACCCAAAGAAAGACAAACUGGAUUUUAUGUAACAGAGACCAACGUACCAACUGAUAUCUACAUCUCUGUAACCAAAUGAUAAAAUCUUAAAUAUAAACCAUAUUAGAGCCAUCAGAGCAGGAUUUGUUAAUUAUAGCAAUGUAAAAUAGUCCAAAACACAAGAGGGAUAUCACUCCUUGACUUUGUGCUUAGAUAGUUAAAAACUUCAUCUUCAUAAAGUCAGUCAACCGUAUUUUGGAAAGAAAGUACUUAUUCCUAACCUUUGUAGAAAAUCAGCAAAUCAAGAGGAAAUAAAUUGAGUUUGGGGCUGACAGGGUCAGCAGUGGAAACAGAUAAAUCAUGACCCCGGAACAUUUUCAGCUGUUCUUUUAAUAAUUAAUAUUGUGGAAAUUAUGAACUAGAUAGUAAGCAGUCAGGGUGUCUGUUCAGAAUUUAUUGGCCGUCAUGUUUGAUAUCUGAUUAGAGCUACAGAGGAAAAGAAGACAUUCCUGGCAAUUUUUCUCACAGUCGUGCAGCCAGCCCGACAAGUGGUGCCAACACAGCCUGACCUGCCUUUUUCUAAACACACACACACACACACACACACACACACACACACACACACACACACACACACACACACACACACACACACACACAGUUUCUCUCAGCCCCAGAAAACACUGGAGGCUAGGCUUUGCUCAAGAUGACUUCCUUUUAAACUUUGGAUUUGAUUGAUCCAUUCGGCUGUUUUUUCUUUAUCUCACUUAAUUCAUCUAAUCCAUCCAACAUUUCAGCUGGAAACUGGCUCUGGAUGGAGUGACUUAAGCUGACUGAAUGAUUUCCCUGGUCAUUUGUGGAUCAGGGCUGUUUGUGGGAGCCUUUGCCCAACCUUUGUAUUUCCCCUUUUUUUGACUCCUCUGAGUCAAAGAUGGACAGGAUUCCUGCCAUCUUUUUUCCCCUCAUAGCAUCUGCUAAAGACUGUACUGUGGAUUCAGGGAAAGUGAAAAGACAUAAUACCAGUGAUUUAUCGGUGGGCUAUUUCUAAGUCUCCCUCUGAGCCUCAUAAAGCCUCAUCAUGCUUGUAAAGAUUCAGCACAGCACGUUCAAAAGUUUCACAGAGGAUGAAGAUACAACUGGAGAUAAAAACCGUUGUCAAUAUGAAUUGAGAGAAUCUUUUGUUCUGUUCUUUAAAAAGAAAAAAGUGAAAAGAAAAAGGUUUUACUACAACUCAGAAAACUCACAUUUCUAUAUGUGUGACACUACAGUGUUGGUUUUACUAAUGAAGACGAUGAGGAGGAAGCUCGAGAGCAAAGGCGACGCGCAAGAGAGGAGAGGAAGAAGAUGAGGGAGAUGGAGGAGUCCGGAGGCACUGAAGUGAUUAACACCAACAGGUACGGUUUGAAAGCCUAAAAUCUCUUCAGUGAAAAGAGGAAUAAGCAGGUGAAUUACAAAGAUAACUGGGACCAAAACAAGAGGGGAAGAGAUUGACAGGACAGUGCGUUGACUGUAAAGCUGCCACAAAAAUCCAAAGACUGGAGUGGCCUCUGACCAUCGAUUUGACGAAUACUGGAAGUAAAUGAUGCCAUUCAAACUUGAUAAAUACUCUGAAUACACUGAAUUUUGUGCCGUCAGAAUUAUAUGUUUUACAUGAUGACAAAUGAAUUGAUUCCUACUGGCAUGCCUUGUUGAAUAGGCACAACAUAUGACCAGAAAUGGGAUAAAAUGGUUCAAAUGAGAUCUUUUUUUAACUUCAAUUUGUCAGUCAUAAGCCAUGUCAGGUAAAUAUAUUGAGCCGGAGACUGUAAGAUAAUUGGAGCAAAUUUUUACUUCGGCUUUCCCUUCAAGAAGAAAACAGGUCUAUCACAACAGAUUGUAUUAUUUGUAUUUGACUGUGAUGUAUUGUAUUUUGCUUUUUUCCUUAUAAAGCACUUUGUUUAGGCUGUAAAAUUAAAGGUUGACUUGAUUUUAAAGUGUUAUUUGUAUACUAGCCUGUAAUAGUCAACUUAUCCCUGGUUUCAUUUGCUAACAGCGUGACAGAGACGGAUUCCUCCACCACAACAACAAGCGCUGGUGGUGCAGACGAUGACCAAGUUCUCCUGGACCGGCUCGCUAAAAGGGAAGAGCGCCGGCAGAAGAGGAUGAAGGAAGCCAUGGAAAGACAGAAGGACCUGGACCCCACCAUCAGCACCACCAACGGUACAGACAACAUGCCAGAAGAGCAGACAGAAGAAGAGGAGAAAAGGGAAGAGGAGGAACCAAUCAAAGAGGAGGUAGCAGAAAAAGAUACAAACUCCUGGAAGAAAAAUGAAGAGGAGGAGGAGAAAGAAGAGGAGAAGGUAAAGUGAGAGAUGAGUGGAGAUUUAUCAGUAACAUAGUUUGGAAGAGAUCAUCUGUUAAACUUCUUUUCGUGUCUCUUGACAGGAAUCUGUUGCGGAAUCUGAAACAGUAAACGUAAAUAUUGAGGUAUCAACUCUUAAUUUAGAUUUGUGUUUGUAAUUUUAUGAAAAGAUGAACAAAAAGUGACCGAAAACAAUCAUCCUUUAGGUGGAGACUGAGGAGAAGAACGAGGAAUCAGAAGAUAUUCAGCAAGAAGAUGCCGAAGAGAAAAUUAUGCCUGAAGUUGAUGAGGAGGAAGAAAGGAAGAAGAAAGAAGAAGAGGAAAAACAGCAACAAGAAAUCUUGAGGCAAGAGGAAGAGGAAAAGCAAAAACGAGAAAUGAAAGAAAAGCUCAAGGAAGAGGAGGAAGAAAGGCAGAAAAGAGAAGAGGAUGAACGGCAGCAAAAAGAAAUGGAAGAGAGGCUGAGAAAAGAGGAAGAAGAAAGACAAAACCAGGAGAUGGAGGAGAAACUGAAGAGAGAGGAAGAGGAGCAGCAGAAAAAGGAGAUAGAAGAGAGACAGAGGAAAGAGGAGGAGGAGAUACGAAAGAAGGAGAUGGAGGAAAAGAAGAAGAAAGAAGAGGAGGAGAAACGGAGGAAAGAAAUGGAAGAGAAGAAGAAAAAAGAGGAGGAAGAAAAGCAGAGGAAGAAAGAGCUGGAGGAGAAGAAGAAGAAAGAAGAGGAGGAGAGGCGGAAAAAAGAGGUAGAGGCUAAGAAGAAGGAAGAGGAGGACAAGCGGAAAAAGGAGGCUGAAGAGAAGAAGAAAAAAGAGGAAGAGGAGAGGCGCAAAAAGAGAGAGAUGGAGGAGCAGAAGAAAGAGGUACUGACAUUUACCAACAACGACUUAAACCCCAGAAAACUCACAUAAAGCACGAGAGUUCAUCAGUAAACAGUUUGAAGUGACACUUUAACCAUUUUGAAAUGAGAUGUGAUUCAUCUGGCUCUUUUGAUAUCGCCUUUAUAACAUCAUUUUCCUGGUUUAAUAUUAUUUUUUUAGGUUCCAAACAUGUCGUGUUGACAGUGAGCCUUCUGUUUUCAGUAAUUCAACAUGUGUUUAUCUUCUUUUUGAAGGAGGAGAAGCCAAAGAAGUUCGGUUUCAAAGAAAAGGUACAAAACAUGAUCGUCAUACCGUACAUUGGAUCCUUUGUUUUUAAAUGUUGAAGAUAAAUCAUGAGGGGGAAACUGUUCACUGUUUAAUUAUUUCCUUUUUCUCCUGGAAGAAUGAACCAGCCAAACUGACCGGCAGUCCCUUUGAGAGUAAACUCAAGAAAACAGAGAAGACAAGGUAAAGUUGAGCAGACCUAAAACCACAAAAAUAUCUUUGAACGGACAGAAUUUUAAAACUAUCCUUUUUUAAUGCACACACCAUCAUGGUAUAUAUUGGCCUUACACCCAUCAUAACAAGGAGCUUCGCUGUGCCAAUGCAUUUGCUCAUUGGAUGUUUAUUGAGGACAUAAUGUCAGAAACUGAACUCAGGGGCCAAACAAGUUCACCACUACUUUGUACUUCUUUUGUAGUUUUGACCUCUAAAUUCAGGCGAGACCAUUUCCAGGGAAAAUGUUGGUGUGUUGAUGUUACACUAAAGAUUUGCACUAAGUUUCUGUUAGUCCAGUCACUCACUUGGAUCCUCAACUUGUACAAAUCCAUCCCACGAUAAAGCUGAUUUUCAACUCAUCUAUUAAUUUUAGUAAUCAUUGAGUUUGUUUGUAUGUGAACUGAUCAUUAACAUUUCUAGUUAUCUGUGAACAGGGACAAUGUUUCCUCCUCCAAGGCCGAUGACGAGGCCGAACGCAAACUACAGGAGCUGAAGCGCCGACGAAACGAUGCAGAGAGCGAGGAGAUCGAGAAGAUGAAGCAGAAGCAGCAGGAUGCAGAGGCCGAGCUGGAGGGGCUGAAGAAGAAGAGAGAAGAAAGAAGGAAGAUCAUGGAGGAGGAGGAGAGGCAGAAGAAACAGGAGCAGGAGGAGAGGAAAGCCAAAGAGCAGGUGAUAAGUACACCAAAGAACUGUAACUGAGUGGGAGAUCCACUGAGGAAAGUUAGAUGACAUUUUGAUUUUUGUAACAGGAGGAGAGGAAAAAGAUGAAGGAAGAAAUUGAGAAAAGGAGGGCGGAGGCUGCAGAGAAGAAGAAACAGAUGGAAGAGGAGGUGUCUGCAAAACCUUCCUUUGCUAUCAGCCCAAAAGGAUCUGCAAAGGUGUGUGCUAGAGAGUGAUAUCUAAGAGUUUCUGUCCUGCAUGAAUAACAAAGUAGUUUCUUCCAAAUUUAGUGGACAAAAUAUUUCCUGGUGUGGCUUCAAUAGUGGUGCACAUUUUCUGAACAACAUGACUGAAAUAAACAAACACACGCUUAAAUAUCGAGGGUGUUAAAGCAAGAAGGAUUCUCCCCUACUGCUUUGCAUUCAGUUCACUUUGUUGAAAAUGGGCAGGACAACUAUUUCUUAUCUCACGUACCUCAUGUUAGGAGUUGUAAAAUAAGCCUUAUUCAUCCUUUCCCUUUAUGGUCAAACUGUUUUUUGGGCCUGAGUUUGUUGAUUGUUCUUCCAAAGGCCAAUAUAUAUUUUUAGCUGACAAGAUGGAAUAAAAGAAAAGAUGUAAGCUGGCGCCUGUGCCUUAGUCAAAAAUGUCUGGGUAAUCAUGUUGCUGGAGUAUUUUUGGAGGAAUGCUGAGAAUCGUGUGUGCAUAAUUCAUUUUGAUUAUCAGUACUCAGUGUGUGUUCAGCAGACAUGUAGAGACUUUGUUACACAAUAACAUUGCAGAGACCUGCCUCCUUUUUAACCAUACAAUGAAAAUCAUCACAUUUUAGGGUGAUGACUUGGUUCUUGGUAAAGAUUAAGAAAAGUUUGUUCACAGAAGUGGAAGAGUCACUGUUAAGAUUAAGAUUGGAUGAGGUCCCCAUGCGAUCAACAUGAGUCGAUGUAAUGUCCCUUAAAGUUCAGUAAACAAGUGUGUGUGUGUGUGCUGUGUAUUUCUGUAUGCUUGUGUGUGUGUGUGUGUGUGUGUGUGUGUGUGUGUGUGAACUGUGUAUUUCUGUAUGCUUGUGUAUGUGUGUGUGUGUGUGUGUGUGUGUGUGUGCGUGUGUGUGUGUGUGUGUGUGUGUGUGUGUGUGUGUGUGUGUGUGUGUGUGUGUGUGUGUGUGUGUGUGUGUAUGUGUGUAUUCUGGCUGCCAGACAACCAAACUCUCCAGAUUGGUCUCUGAGGCACUAACCAACACUGUGUUCAGUACAGAGAGACCUUUUGGUCCGUCUCCCAGUGAGGUCGUCUUGGAGACAGGAAGGAAGUCAGGACACUCGGACCAUGUUAGACUUUGUGUAAAUCACUGACAGACUGUUUACAUAAUCUUACAUUUUGCUCGUUUGUACAGAUUGGGGAGAAGGCAGAAUUCUUAACCAAAUCAGCCCAGAAAAGGUGAGCUAUACAAAGUGUUUUAGAGUUUAAAAAAAGAUCUUUCUAGACUGAGGAACCACACUCACACCCUGUGUUUUUCAUUCACACAGCAGCACACCCAGAGUGUCUCAUACUCCAAUGGUGUCCAAGAUAGGAAACAGACUAGACCAGUACACUUCUGCCAUCCAGGUGAGCCUCAGAUCCUUUCAGUGCUAUUAAAACUGAAAAGUCAGAUGUUUUGCUGGAGUAAAAAUACCAGUAUAAUUCUAUAAAAAAUACUUAAUCACACAUGCAACUCAUUUAUAAUCCUAUCUAAGGUUUGUUAAGAUGUCAUCAAAAGCUGCAAAAGUAAAACUCAACAGAUGAAAAGUGUUAUUGACAUUUUAAUGAGCUUUCGACUAUUUCUCUUUUAGUGAUACUGCAUUAUAGCAACAGUCAAGGUAGAUUUACUUUUAAAUUCUAGUUUUAAAAUGAGUUAUUAUAAUGAGGCUAAAAAAAUUUCAAACUUACUUUUUAAGCACUAAACAAACAAGAUUUUGCUUCACCUCCCUGCACCAUGAAACUUAUUCAAAAGUCAUGUGAAAUAAAAUAAAAACACGACAUGAAGGGGAGCUAUGGCUUUCCUGUACUUUUAUUAAAAUCAUAACUCCAUUAUAUUAUUGCAAUUCAGUAUCUGAAUCUGGUAAAUUAAUAGUCAAUAAUGAUUUCAAAUAAAAAAUACCUUUGCCAAGCAGUCGAAAGAAACAUAAAUGGUGUUCCAAAUAGUCGAUUUCCAGAUCCUCGGUCAAUGCAACAAUAUUAUCAUCCACAUAAAUAAAAUAAAUCCAUCCUUGUUUUGUCCAGGGAAACAAAGAAACCAAAUCCCCAAAGUCUGCAAUGGCAGAUAUUCCUACAGGAGGCACACGCAGCAUCAAGAGCAUGUGGGAGAAAGGUAACGUCAGCAGCUCCUCUGAAAGUCCUGCUCCUGCCAGCAAGGUGAGAAAUCAAAUGACGGAGGCAACAAUGAAGACUACUGAUACAACAACAACAGGCAGCUGAGAUGUUUCUUUUCCCAGGAUUUAGCUGGUAUCAAAGGGGGCGUGACUGGACGUGUCAACAGUUGGAUGGCAAAGCCUGCUGCGGAAGCGGAAAAGACAGCAGCACCUUCAUCUGCACCAGCAGCAGCAUCGGCACCUGCAGCAGCAGCAGCAGCAGCAGCUCCACCAGCAAAGCCAGCAGUAAGGCCUGAUAAUUCCCUGCCUUCAUCGCACAUAUAUCAUUGUAAAUAAGACCCCAGUGUUAUAUGAACAGAGUAAUCCUUUGAUAUUCUGUUCACGCUAAUGUGCUCAUUUGCACAUCAGCAUCUCUCUCUUUGUUGGCUGCUGCCUUAAUAUCACAGCUCGCUGAGAGGACCAAGUUGCUUCUUGGACUGUGGUGACACCCCAUGGCCAGCUUACUCGACAACAACUCUGUCAGAUUAUAUAUGAAUUAAAAGACUCUCAUGACAUGUACAAUAUCUCAGUACUGACAUGUGGACAAUCAUGGGUUGGGAUAAAAACAUGAUCUCCAUUCUUUCAAACAAGAGUCCUCUCAGAGAGCAGAGGCAGGUAUGUGUCAAGAGGCUAAAUGCCAACAUACUUCCCUGCACUGACGUUUUACACGACUCUGUACACCCAUCAAUCACUCUGUCAGUAUUGGUGGGUUAUAUUACAGUAUGCUCCAGUACAAAACAAAACGCUUUUUGGGACUCAAUUUAAGUACUUAAUGAGGAAGCUGUUUGCCGGUUAUGACACAAACUGAAAUUACAAUUUUUUCAGAGCUAGAAAGCAACAACCAGGAUAAAGACUGACUAUUUCUAUGCAUUUUUUUUUAAUAUUUGACACUUCUGGUGAAUUCAAAGUUUCCUUGUGGAGCUUUUUUAGCCAAAAUAAUACAUUUCAGUCUUAUUGAAACCUUAAACAUGACAAAUGUUACCAGUCUGGUUUAGCAUUUAAAGUGUGUUCCCCAUGUACAGAGGGGUCACUGGUUCAACUUCAGACCUCUACCCCUACUCUACAUUUCCUGUCUCUUAUUGGCUGUUGUAUAUACAGUAGUGAGAAAAUGAAGCAUUAUUUUGUUUAUUGUUUUAAUAUUUUCAUAAAGAGCGCUCAAGGGUGAAUUUGGUUUCUCUAUUUUUGUAUGAUUCAGAAUAAGAGAGGUCACAUGUAACUCGGUCUUCGGUAGACACUGUGUCCUUUUCUUAAAGAAGGACACCAGCUGCUGUUCCUCACAGCUCUUCUGAAGACAUUGCACUAUGUCUGCACGCUGUGACAUUGCUCGAUGACGUGUGACAUUGUUCUAACGUGAAAUUUACGAGCCAGAUAUCUUUAGUGUCAAACGUCUUGGUCAGAGCGGCUGUGAUAACUUUACUCUGACUCAUAUGGCAACACCUCCCCCUGACGGGAUAAAGCUGUACAGCAAUUUGUGUAUUAUACUGAAAUACAAAAAUCCUGAGGUUUAUUUUUUAUCCAUUCAAUUUUUUUCUCUUUUUUUCAUACUUCAUAACUUUGACCUGUAGCAUAUAUAGAAUAUUUCUAUACAGGUGAGCAGGUACUUUGGUAUAUGAUCAGAGUAUAACCCCCAACACUGUUUGUUAUUAAUGGCUUUAUGGUCAACCUUAUUUGUUGCAGGAUAAUAAACCCGGUGAGAUUGGUAACAAACGUGGCAUGUGGGAAACCAAGAAAGCACCUGGAAAGGUAACACACACACACAGACACAUACAAACACACAAAAGACUUUCUUCUGAAAAAAUGAAGGGGGGCAUUGAUUUGAUCGUGACAUGGUCCUGUUUCUUUGUUUAUUCAGUUUACCAGAUAAACAGGUGUAAGAGGUAAAUGGUGGCGACAACACUUGAUGCAUGCUUAACUUGAUGCAUGUAGUGAUCUUUGUGGUGUAGCACUUUUGCCAUCAGAGCACUUGUGUGUUUGGUUUUGCCAAAUAAGCAGGUUGUCACUCAUUUGGUUACCUGGGCAUGUCUGCAUUGUUUUAAAUAGGCUUCAAUGACGGAGGCAGGUGAUUUACUGUGAGAGCUAAAUUUAAACCAUUUCAUCCAAUCUACCUCAAUCCGAGAUGAUACUGUGUGCUUUUGGUGGUUUGUAUGCACAAUUUUCCAGUGUGGUCAAUAAGAGUGUUGCAUUAUUUUCUUUUUACGAAAUGAGAUCUUAUUUUCCAUUCUUCUUAUAUUUCAUAACAGUUGUGUUUUUCAGUUUUCCUCACUGGUUGCAUGUCUUUGUUUCUCCUUGUUUUCAGUUGGGAGCUGGAGUCAAGAGCAAGUUUACCAUCAAUGGUAAGUCUCUUAAGAUCCUGUCAGUAGUGGUUUAAUGUACUUCAUUGCAACUCUGUGUUUCUACACUUAAAAAUAUUUACAGUUUUACUCUUUCAAUUUGACCUCAGCAUUUAUCAAAUGAAUAUAUUGAUUUUUUUUGCUCUAAAUGUAGGCUUACUAAAGUGAAAACACUGACGAGCUUCUACAAAUAAAAGGUUACACAAAGGAUGGGUGCAGUUCGUCAAUUAAACAAUUAAAUGCCAUCUCUUUCACUCGUUGGCACAAGUAUCUCUAGUUGGUCAAACAGGUUAUUUGACUUAUAAUUAUUAGUCAUAUUGGGACAAAGCUGUAGCACACCUAUCGACCACUAGUUGGGGCUGUAGCUCCAGUGUUGCCAUAAAACUAUAAUGCUUUUCUACUCGGAUGUAAACAAGCUGACAGGUUGCAUCCAGUCCAGUCUUAGAAAAUAAGAGAUAAUGUUGUAGGUUAGGGUUAGGGUUAGAUGUGUCUGGUUUAUAAUCCCUUGAACUGAACAAAGCACAACAGCACAGUCAUGCUAACCUGAAAGGAGGAACAAAGGCUAGUGGUGACUGGUGCUAGCUCUGCUACUGUUAGCCAAAACAAUUUGACAUCAUUUACCUGCAGACUCUGUGUUCCUGUGUUUAGGUUUGUUAAAUAAAUUGUGCCAAAUCUUAUCUGCUGUGUUACCUGGAGAGCGGUUGGUUAGUCAGAAUUUAAAUCUGCAUGUAAUCGACUGGGAAAGGAGUGAAUUUCAGACAAAAUGGUUGGACAUUUUUAUUGGCUUUCUUGCCAAAUACGAGACAAAAGAUCAGUGUUAUAACCAACUCUGUUUGCUGGGUUUAAGGCUAACACUGGAAAUCUUAGCCUCGAACGAAGACUUGAAUAAAUGGACACACCUAGUCUGGAAACCAAAGACAUAAAAAUCAUGAACAAACAUAAGAGUAGUUAUCAAUCCCCCAUCAACAGAUUUAUCUUCUGAUGCAUUUCUAUGGUGAUAGAAAUGGUUUUAUUUCUACAUUUCAUCUGGAUGCUUUCUCCUAAAUGAGCACAUACAUGUUAAACCAGGGUUUAUCUUGAUCAGUCCUGGGGGAAGCAGAGUUUAGUCGAGGUGUGUUUGCCCUUCAAAACAUUUUGUGGACAAGAGGGGCAGGCUGUGAUGGAUUUAUUACCCUCUGUGGACUCACAACCACUGCAACCCAACAACAUCCCUCUCUGCCAGACUAGCUGCUCACUGUAAAUCAAAUCUGCUGCUGGAGAUUUUUGGCACGGCACACCUCUGUAGGCACUGUGGUCUAUAUCUAAAAAAACCCUCACCCUGACCUUGUUUCCUAGUAUAAAGAACCUUGUAGACUCCUGGCGUGGCUGGCGUGUCUUUGUGGCGCACUGUUCACCCGCUGCCACCUGGGCUGUCCAAUGCCACGCAGGGUGUCGGGGAGCUGUUCAGCAUACCACAGUGCAGCUGCUUGAUUGUCACAUUACAAAUGACUGCUGGGGAGGAUUACUAACAGUUUAAGAAGCAAAUCUGUCCCGAUCACCAGGCUUAUUCACUCAGUACUUAAAUUAAAGAGCUUGUUAAAGUCCAUCUUGCGGGCUGUAGGGACAAUUCAAACCAGCAUCACUCAUAAAAAGACAAAAUACUUGCUAAUAUCAGCUCAGGAAAGCUGUCUCUCUCUUCCCUCUGCUCUGUUCUGUGGUUGCUUUUCUCCAAGCCUUGAGCUGAAGCGUGAACAAUCAGACUGGAAAAGUGUUUGUCGGGUGUCGGCUUCGAACCUAAAUAGCAAUCCUUGUUUGUAACCUCCCCACUUCUUCAUCAGAAAUAGACCACGGGGAAUGAAGUAAAGGGCAAAUGACAAAGUAACAGCUUUCAAUCACACAGAGUGAAGUGUCCUAGCUUUCACUCUUAGUUAUAUGAUAUUGGAACCUAAUCUGAUGUGCAAACAAACAUCACAUUCAGUCCAGAGUGAGGUAUUCAUGUAAAAGCUUUGAUUAACAGCCUUAAGACAGAUUUCUUUUAAUACCUUAUAAACCAUAAAAAGUUAUGAUAUAUUGACUAAUCCAUCUGUAAUGUUUUUUUUUUUUUUCGUUUGUUUGUUUUUAGCGGGGGUGAGACCCUAACUACUGACAUCCCCUUUGAAAUGCAGCCAUACCUGACCAGUCACGCAGCUCUGUUACUGUAUAUGCAUCAACUUUUUUCUAACAUCCAAGCGUUUUUGAUGACGUCCUGCCAGAUUGAACAAAAAAGACACGGGACCAGGAUCAGCAAUUCGUAAGAAUUCCAGCAUCAGUCUAUCUUCAAUGCUCACCAAAAGCCAUAAAUUCAACAUCUACUGAGAGUUUUAAGGAUAAAGUACCACAUGUUAAAUGCUUGAUAGAUAAUCGAUUGUGAAGUAUAUUUUUGUUUAUCCAAGGUUAGUCUUUACAAAUUUUGAAUGGCUGUCUGGAUGUGUUAAUGUUGUGUUAUUUUGAAGCCAAACUGAUGAGCUUGCUCUUCUUGUUGAGUAUUGUCACAUAGCUUUACACAAGUGUAAUUCUUCACACAGUCUGCUUUUUUAUUAUGAAACUUUCUAUGAUGGCUGCAUGUGAUAAUUGAAGCCAUUUGAUGUCCAUUUCACAGCUCGCAUUUGAACUGUUACAGUGUGAUAUCACCGAUCCGGGCGAUAACUAGUAAUUGAUUAAGUAAAUUCAAAUGUUGGAACCAUAUUCAGAAAAGACGUCCUUUAAAUAAGGUAUCCUCGACGUCUCUUUAUUGAUAAAUCAUGAAGGAAAACCGUUUUUUUCUUAUUUGGUUUCAUACCUCAGAUCUGAACAACUUCUGGAUUCAUUUCCUUGAAAUCUUGUAUAAAUGUUCAUGGUUCUCAGUGAAGGUACCUUUGUAUUAGGUCCUCCCCAGCUUUAUAUGCAAGGAUACCAGAAAGUCAUAUUUUAAUUUAGUGAGGUCUUUUUUAUGAACAUCAUCGAAAAAUUAGAUUUUGUACAGACAUUCAUGAUCCCAUUGGCUGAACCCUUGGCUGCACACCUGGCUUUGUCUGCUUUAUUCAGUUCAAACAAUCAUGCCUCCAGGAAUGAGUGUAAUGUCUGUGGUGCCCUGACCUGUUAUUUAGCCCAUCAUCAGGUCAAAGUUACCCAUGACAGAUGAUCUGAAUCAACAUUCCCGCCAACCUCUUCACAGAUUUAACUAUUGUCAGAGGACAUCAAAAUUUAUCUAAAACUGAAGAGAGUGAAAAUGGUCAAGUUUUACAUGAGCAACAUAUUUCCAUUACGACUUAUUUACAUUUACAACUACAAGCUUGAAAUCUUAUAACGACUUAUUUUACAAAAGCAGAUUUCAUGAUUUAUCAGAAAUGAGCAUCAAGUUGGUGCUCAUAAGACCAUGAAACCAAAACGGUAUCUACAUAAAAUCAGUGGCACAUUCUUCCUAAGACUACAGACUGACACAGAUUCACACCUCCUCUCUUUUUAAAGAUGACAAUAAACACUUUUAUGAGAGCAUCACAAUGUCUAGAAAUAAGUGUGCAAGUGUCCACUUUAACAACUAUUCAGAGACCAAAUCUAUUUAAAAAGCAGGAAGCAGCCUCGCUAGUCUACCAUCAGUUUACGGGCCACUAACUUUAAAGUUUAUUGACAUUUCAGCAGGUAUGAAGAUGUAUGAGAUAAAACCAAUAUGCACUGUAACACAAUGCCUGUAAUCAACGUUCAGUCAUUCUGUUCUUCUCAGCCGGCAGUGCACAUGAGCUCAAUCUUGCCAAAUGUAUUUGAAUUGUUUCACUAUUACCGUCGUGAAUUGCUUUGUUGGAAUUUUAAAAACUAUUGUUUGUACUUGCUUUAGCAAUAAAAAAGAGAAUUAAAAAAAA